GACUAAAUGGAAGAUGGAGAAUGAAUGGUUAGAAUUUAAAGAUACCUUUUGAUGGGUGGGAAAUCAUUUCCCAAUCCCAUUAUACAAAUAAUGCCUCAAGAGACUAUGCAGUAUUAACAAUGGUUUGACCCUCCUGAGAGGUUUGACCCCGCCGCCUCAGCUUUACGUUGCUCACGUACCGGCCAGAAAUAUCACAGCACACACACACGGUUAACUUUUUUCCCGCGCGAAAUCUCUCGAAGUGAAACAUCCCAAGCAAAAAUCCGAUCGAUUCGGCGAGCUAGCAGGUCAACUCGCCAUGGCUGACCUCCCAUGCAUAUAUAUACGCGUAGUACGUACACUUGCUUUCCCAACGCUCGCGAAUCAAAUCGAGGGUGAAAUUAAGUCAAGAACGGAGAGAGAUCACGGUGAGGUUGAUCUCAGCUCGCCGGAGGAGGCAAUGAGCCGGGCGGAGUGCGGCGGCGGCGAGGAGGAGGAGCGGUGCAGGUACAGGGGCGUGCGGCGGCGGCGGUGGGGGAAGUGGGUGUCGGAGAUCCGGGUGCCCGGCACGCGGGAGCGGCUGUGGCUGGGGUCCUACGCCACGCCGGAGGCCGCCGCCGUCGCGCACGACACGGCCGUCUACUUCCUCCGCGGAGGCGCGGGCGACGGCGGUGGCGGCGGCGCGACGCUCAACUUCCCGGAGCGCGCGGCGGCCACGUACGGCGGCGGCGCCGCCGUGGCGCGCCUGUCGCCGCGGUCCGUGCAGCGCGUGGCGUCCGACGCCGGCAUGGCCGCCGACGCGCAGCUCGUGGCGGCGCGGGACGCCGCGCCCGCGCCCGCGCCGGCGACGGCGUACGCGCGCCCGGAUCACUGCGCCGGCGCGACGACGGCGCGGCACGACGAGCUGGCGCGCCGCGGGAUGUACGGCGCUCACGCGCAUGCCGCCGGCGCGAACGCCAGGACGAGCGGCGAGCGGCAGCUCGUCUGUGCCGAGGAGAUUAGCGUGGAUGACAUGGAGAUCCUGAUGUAAUCACGCAGUGACAAAAUAGCAAAAAACAAAAAUUAAGAUUGGUAUUAAUUGGCUGAUGCAAUAAUAAAGUUCAAAAAACACUGAUAAGCAAUUGAGAAGAUGCUGUGUUGACCAUGCUUGCGGCCAGGAACGCCGACGAAGACGAUAGCUGUGACCUCAAAACUGACUGAAAGUUCCAGAACCAAACUGGAACUUCCCUUCGAUGAUUUUUGACUUUCUAUUUGGUCAUUUGUUUUUAUAAUAAUUAAUUUCUGUAA